UGUUGGUGUGGUGAAGGAUUAAGUGAGGCAGAACGGUGAUGGCAGCGGCGGCGUCUUUUGCGGUUGCAGCAGCGAUCUCCACUUCUACACAAGCGUCACUUGUGACCGUCCUUUUUGUGUGUGUCAAAUGCACUUUCCUCCUCCUUCUUCUCCACAGGCCUGCAGGAGGUGCCAGGCUGAAUGGACUCGACCAGCCACAAUGAAGGAAGCAGCAAGAAGAAGGGCUUGGCUAGGAGGGCUAAGAACCACACCUUAUCAAACAGCCUGAGUAACCUGCACGUGCUUGAGGGAAAGGCUGAUGACAAGGAUGACAAAUUAACAUCUUCCAAUCCACUUGUAGUUCCUGUAGUCACUGUCACUCCCUCCUUUCCAAUACUUUCCCCAGACACCAGCAGCUCUACCUCACACAGAACAUCAGACUCCCCUUCAGAUCAACCAGCUUCACCUCUGCGCAACCUCAGCAGACAGGGCACGGCAGCAGUAGUCACCCUCCUGCCCAACAAGAUGAAUGUAUCAGAGCUCAGUGGACAGCAACAACAGCAGCAGCAGCAACAGCAACAACAACAACAACAACAGCAACAGCAUGGAGAGCGCAGAGUGAGGGGUAUUCAGGAGGAUGCUCUAUCCCUGGACUCUGCUGGUCUUGGCCAUGUGCCGUGUAGUGACCCAGACUUCAUCAGAAACACAAAGUCUGGUGUGAGAGGCACCCAGUCGUGCCCAAUGACAGCAAGCAGGAACUCCAUCUGCGGAGGUGAGCAUUUAGACGGCCAGAUCACUGCUGCCAUGACCUCCAAGAUACUGAAGGCCGGGAAGGAUGGUCCGGGUGGUGGUGCUCUCAAGAAGCUGUCUCCUCUCCUGCCCCACCGUGCUCAGCUGGUGCCUCCACAAGUGAAGCGGUCCAGCUCCAUGACUCGCUUUACAGAAGCGCUCAACCAGGUGCACAAUGUGUGUCUCUUCCCAGCACAGUCUGCCUCCAUGGUGCAGAAGAGUGAAGCUCAGUCAGAGAAGAGCAGCCCCAAGUCUUCAGCUUCUGAGUCUGAGGUAAAUGGAAGUGUUCCCCUCACCCCCCUCACUGCCUCCACCUCUAGGACUGACCAGAUGCACACUCAGUCUCCCAAGCUUGUGAGAAGAACUGCCUUUAGGGAAACUGUCAAGAAACACAGAAAAGACUCCCACGAAUCCCCUGUCAUUUGUGCAUCCCCAAACCCUAGUGGCUCCGUUGUCUUCACCCUUGAUCCUGCUGAGUUUGAUCAUUCACCAAGUGUGUCUAGUCCAAGCUGUGUUUCCUCUGACCCACCAGAUUCCAACUGUUUGGAGAAUGGGUUUGGUGCUGCCCUCCCUACCACUCAUACUAAGCAAUCUAGCACUAGUAGCAAGGCUUCAGGUGCCAGUAGUGAAAUGUCAGACAGUAGUUCCAGAAAUGUUAGAAGUAGAGAGAAGUCACAUGCAACGGAAGGGAAAAAAGCCAGAAAGAAGAGUGGCCAAAGAAGUGUAUAUACCCUAGAGGCAGACUGCGGUUCCCCUACCUUAAAGCAUGCCAGUUCAGCACCAUACAGCCUGAUGAGUGACGAUGAUGGUGUGUUUGAGAUUGAGGCAUCGUAUCACCACCCAGCAUUGGAACAAAACCGUCUCAACCGCUCCCCCUCCUGGUACGCCUACAAGAUCCCCAGAAGUCCCGCUGACAGUGAGCGCUCCGAGGAUCAUAGUGUUCCUGCAGCACCACUUCAGGGGUGUCGCUCAGCCUCUUUAGAUGAACUCAACAACAUUGGUGUCUCUUAUGGCCUGCCUAUUAUUUCACCACUAGAUGCCAAGAAAAAGAACUAUCUGUUUGGUGGGCUAAACAGUCUUCUUGGGGCCUCUGAGCUGGACCGCUACUUUCCCAACCGCACCAUCAACCUUUUCAUUGCCACUUGGAACAUGAAUGGCAAGGAGCCUCCGGCAAAUUUGGAAGCGUUCCUCCUGCCUGAUGAGAUGGAGCACAUGCCAGAUAUGUUUGUUUUGGGGACGCAGGAGUCGGGGGGAAGCCGCUCAGAGUGGGAGGUACGCCUGCAGGCAACCAUUGGUCCUUCACAUGUUCUCUUUACGUCAGCAAUAUUUGGGGUCCUGCACCUCACCAUUUUUCUACGCAGGGACCUUGUUUGGUUCUGUUCUGUACCUGAGGAUGCCACGUACAGCCUUCGUCCCGGUAUUGCCUACAAGACCAAGGGUGGAAUGGCUAUAGGCUUCCAGUUUUUUGGGACAAGAAUGCUCUUCAUCAAUUCUCAUCUCACGGCUCAUGAGGAGAAGCAGGCCCUAAGAAUCCAAAACUUCCGCAGCAUCUCUCGGUCUCUCGACAUCCCUCGCCUCCUGCCCACCAAGAUCAAGCACAAAGAUGUGACCCAUCGCUAUGACUGUGUCUUUUGGUUGGGUGACCUCAACUUCCGACUGGCUGUGAAUCGUGACCACGUAUUUGAGCGUCUGAAGACUGACACCGCUGACACUUACCAGCACCUCCUCCAGUGGGAUCAGCUCUCACAGGCCAGGAAGAAAGGUGAAGCUUUUGCUGACUUUGAGGAAGGCACCAUUCAUUUUCCUCCAACAUUUAAGUACGACCCAGGCACCGACCACUACGACACGUCCUCCAAGCAGCGUGUCCCGUCCUACACUGACAGAAUCCUCUUCAAAAGUAAGCGAGGCGACAUCAGCUGCAUCAGUUACGCUUCGUGUCCUUUGUUUAGGACAUCAGAUCAUAAGCCUGUGCUGGGCCACUUCACCUGCAAGAUCAGACCAGGGAAAGAUGACAUUCCCCUGGCUGCCGGUGUGUUCAAUCGUGAUGUUUACUUGGAGGCUCUGCGUCGGCGGCGCAGGUUCCUGUACCAGCCAGCACUGCGUAACUGUCCCGUACAAUAGGAAAGGUUCAUUGUAGAAUUCUAAAAGGAUUAUAUAUUUGGUGAAUUUCAUCUUCCACGUGUUAUAAAAAAUAAUAUAUUGAAAUUAUAUAUAAGAUUUAUUAUUGUAUAUAUUAUGCAAAUUAUAUAAAGAUAUUUUUAUGUAUUUAAAGUUUGUAAUAUUCAUAGCACUAUGUAUUGGUGCCAAACAUCUGGUUGUCUGGCACUGCCCAACAUUCACAUAGAAAUGCUAACACAAUGAGUGGUAAUGAUAUUCACACACUCAUGACUCGAUGACUGGCAUCUGACGUCACAGCAAAGUUAUGACUGGCAUGAGACUAGAUAUUAGAAAUUUUGAACUAAAAGACUUGUGCUUUUUCAGCUACUUGUAAAAUUCUAAUGGUGCCAAAUUUGUUUGUCCUGAAAUGUUUUUAUUUUGUGAUAUGCAACACUUUUUCUAAAACUUUGUUUUUUUGUUUUUACUUUUUGUUUUUAAGUGGUGCAUUGGGCAUGUGCUGUAGACUGCAGGUUAUUGUGGUCUAUAGAUUACUUAAAUAUCUCAAAAGUAGAGUUAGAGAUGCACAGAGCAAGUUAGAUGUUUGCACCAGCCAUUUGUGACAAGUCUGCAAAAUACUGUUUUGUGCUAGAAAAACUGUAUGUACGCUUCAGUCUAGAAUGUAGGCAGUAUUCUGCAUGUUGUUCAUCUUUAGUGUGUUGUAUAUUUUUGUUUUGAAUGUUUUGUCAUGACAGAUUUCAUAUCAUUCUUUGCUUUUUUUUGUGUAAGUCUAAAAGAGAAGAGUAUUAUGAAUAUUGAAGUUAUGAGUACAAUGUUAUAAAGACUUCCUCCUAAAUAGUACUGCUUUUGUAGUUGUGGGACAGUUAAGGCCAGCCAGUGUCCAUACAGGCCUUGGUGGUCACUGUGGCUCAGCUGGUGAAGUGUUGUGUGCCCUCAGUGUUCUGCUUAGGACUCGGCUCCUGGCUACUACUUCUCAUGGUUACCUUUGUGUAUUUUUUUAAAUAGGAGGCAUUACAUUUUCAUGAUCAGCUUUCCUUCUCAGGUUCUUUUUGUGGCUCUAGAUUCUCAAAGAGGAUGUGGUUCAAAUGUCUCCUUUUGUACAUAGCUAGAGGCAUUGGCCCAUGUCACACCUGUAAUCACAACAACAUUUAUGGAUCUCAGUUUGAACAAUCUUUGGUUCUGGCUAUCAGGAUGUUAGUGUUCAGACUUGACACUGGUUAGGUCAAAUCUUGGAGACAUGGUUGAGCUCCACAGCUACACAAGCGGCUGCUAUUGUCCUGUAUUGCGUGUUGUAAUCUUAGUGGCUUUCCUGCCCAUAAAAGCUGUCCAUGUUAGGCAUGUUGAAUAAGAUGCAUGUGCCUUAAAACAAAUACCAAAGGUAUGCAUAAUGUAUAUGUAUGUGAAAAUGCAAACUUAAAAUUAUUUGAAAUUUCAUAGAUACUAUAUGAGGCUGUGCAAUGUUAUGGGAUAAAGUAGUUUUACAUUACAUAGCAGUGAUGAAUUGACAUUUGUGAUCCAUAGAAUUAAAAUGAUAUUAUCAAAGCUUUAUUUGUAGCAUGUUAUACAUCAGUAAUGAUCCUAACAGUUGAUAUUUGAUUGAUUACCUUUUUUUUUUCUGUAGACAAAAAGAAAAUCCCUAGAUAUAUUUGAGGAAAAUGUAGCCAUUCAAACUGAUAAUUUGCAUCAUAUUGAACAAGUCCUCUUUAUCAUGAAGUGUGUUACCUUCCCUCUCUAUUUGAUAUUUUUCUUUUGAUUAAGUCACAAAAAGCAUUUUGGGAACGCUGAAUUUUGCCUUUAUGCUAAGUUGUUAAGUAUUCCCAUAACUUUUGCCCAAUACUGAAUCUGCACAAAUAGUUUGUAGGUAAAUACAGAUGUGUCAUUGUGCUUCCAUGCACAACUCAGUCCCUCUGUGUACAAUGAGUUUGGUACAGUGUUGUCCAAGGGCUUUGGUUGUGACAUGCAUUCUUAAUGGUUUUCAGUGAGCUUGGCAUCCAUUCUUAUAUUUUAACCUAAGAUAUUACUUAAGGUGUGCUUUAAAAGCAAUUGAUUAUGUGACACCUGUUUAUAAUUGUAGGUAUAUAUCUAAUAGUUAUGAUAUUUGAACCUGUUUUAUUGUUCAAGGUAGCUAUUUCUAUAUGUGCUCCUGUAGUCAGUAGACAGGAAAUUGUGCUCAUUUGUUAGUGAAUACAGACUAAGUACUGCAGCUUAUAUCCAGGGUGGUGACAGAUAGGAUUGGUUUUACUGUGUCAUCUUACAUAGUUAUUAUUUCUACUUAAGUUCAUGAUUACUGGAAUUCUCCACUGCAUUAAGUAGAUAAAACAAUAUUUACUUGUGUUGGUGAGAAAAUGAAAAGACAAUCAGUGUAAUAUGCUGUCCUCCUAUUUAUUGAUGAUUUAUCUGCUUUUCUUGAUGAAUACCUCAAGUUUGUAAUGGAAUACAUGCUGGAGAAAAGCUUGAAAUGUGUUGUGACUCUUGAUAAGGACAGCACUCAGCACUCCAGUGUGAAAGGUAGAUGUGGUGUGGCUUUCUAGUGAGGAUUUGUGCUCUCUCUCUCUCUCUCUCUCUCUCUCUCUCUCUCUCUCUCUCUCUCUCUCUCUCUCUCUCUCUCUCUCUCUCUCUCUCUCUCUCUCUCUCUCUCUCUCUCUCUCUCUCUCUCUCUCUCUCUCUCUCUCCUCUCUCUCUCUCUCUCUCUCUCUCUCUCUCUCUCUCUCUCUCUCUCUCUCUCUCUCUCACAAGUAAAGUAACAUCUAGUCAGGUGAGAGUGAUCACUGUAAUAGCUUUUUAGAUUGAAAUAUUUUGUUGUUAGCUACCUGUUAUAUAUAAGUGAGCUGGUGAUCUCAAAAUCAAAGUAUUCAAGAUUAAGUGUUUCUUGUUUUUUAAGGUGAAUUUCAAUCACUGAAUUUAUCUGUCAACUAAAUUUGUGAUGGUCACUGUUAGCUAACAUUAAAGUCUGCAUAUUGAUUU